GCGCAAUGCGCGGGGGCGGCCGGGCGGCUGAGGCUGCGGCGGGGCCUAGUGAAACGCCGAGAGCCCGGGGCGCGGAUCCCUCCGCGCGCAAGGUGGGCAGGAUGAGGAGCCGGAAGAAGCAUUUACAUUGGUGCUAGAAGUGGGGACGCCCCAGAAGACAUGUCGUACCGAGGCAGCGAGCGGGACUUCCAGACUUCAGCCAGGAGGAUGGGAACUUCGUUGCUCUUCCAGCUCUCUGUCCAUGAGAGAGAGCUGGACCUGGUCUUCUUGGACCACAGCUAUGCCAAGCCAUGGAGUGCCCACCCCGACGCUAGCAGUGCCCGGCCUACUCGGAUGCUCUUUGUCACCCCCAGGAGGCACCAAGACAGCACCAUUGAGGUGGAUAUCCCCAUCGAUGUGGAAACCGUCACACCCACGCCUGUCCCGCUUUACGACAACCAGAAAGCGCGCAGUGUGAUGAACGAGUGUGAGCGCCACGUCAUCUUUGCCCGUACAGAUGCCGAUGCCCCUCCUCCACCUGAUGACUGGGAGGAGCACAUGAACAGGUCGGGUUGGACGAUGGCCCAGAACAAGCUAUUUAAUAAGAUCCUUAAAGCCCUGCAAUCUGACAGGCUGGCCCGCUUGGCCAAUGAAGGGGCUUGCAAUGAGCCAGUGCUGAGGAGGAUAGCAGUGGACAAAUGCGCCCGGCGGGUCCGCCAAGCUCUGGCCAGUGUGAACUGGGACACCAAGCUGAUCCAAUGGCUUCACACCACGCUGGUGGAGACGCUCAGUUUACCUAUGUUGGCUGCUUACCUGGAUGCUUUGCAGACACUUAAGGGAAAGAUCCCCACCCUGAUUGACAGGAUGCUGCUCUCGUCCACCACAAAGACAGGGGCAGCAGGGGCUGAGGCUCUCUCCCUCCUCCUGAAGAGACCAUGGGACCCAGCUGUGGGUGUCUUGUCACAUAAUAAACCUAACAAGUUGCCUGGUUCUCCUCUCAUCCUGAUUGCAUCUUCCGGACCUUCCAGUUCUAUGUUCCCCACCUCUCGCCGGCAUCGGUUCUGGCAAUCGCAGCUCUCUUGCCUGGGAAAGGUGAUCCCUGUUGCCACCCACCUGCUGAAUAAUGGUAGCGGGGUGGGAGUGUUGCAGUGUCUUGAACACAUGAUUGGUGCAGUCAGAGGCAAAGUGCUGGAGAUUCACAACCAUUUCACUCACAAGCCGAUCAUCCUGAUUGGGUGGAACACAGGAGCCUUGGUGGCCUGUCAUGUCUCAGUGAUGGAGUAUGUCACCGCAGUUGUGUGCCUUGGAUUCCCUCUGCUCACAGUGGAUGGGCCCAGAGGGGAUGUGGAUGACCCCCUUCUGGACAUGAAGACCCCAGUUCUCUUUGUGGUUGGUCAGAAUUCUUUGCAGUGCAACACUGAAGCUAUGGAAGAUUUCCGAGAGAAAAUCCGAGCUGAUAACAGCCUGGUGGUGGUGGGAGGAGCUGAUGACAAUCUGAGGAUAAGCAAAGCCAAAAAGAAGGCGGAAGGCCUGACCCAGAGCAUGGUGGACAGAUGCAUCCAGGAUGAAAUAGCUGACUUCCUGACCGGAGUCCUCACCCGCGCGGAUAACCAUUCAGGCUCCGACCCCAGGGACCUCGAUGCCGAGAAAAAGAAGAAACCACGUGACUUGACCAGGAGGGACCUGUCGUUUGACUUGCCAGAAAGAACCAGCAGUCCCACCUCCCCGGCAGCCAAGGUGCCGGCCUCGCCUUCUGGCUCAGAGGAUCUGUCCAGUGUCUCCAGUAGCCCCACCUCGAGUCCCAAAACCAAAAUGGCUGCUGUGUCAUCUGUCCAGAAGUCCAGCCAGAUGGGUGCCACCCAGCUUCUGAAGAGACAUGUGCAGAGAACAGACGGGGUCCUGACACACAAGCAGGCACAAGCUCAGUUUGCUGCUUUUCUGAAACAAAACAUGCUGGUGAGGAAAGUUCUUCCUCCUGGCACCUCUUCAUGUCUCUUUGUUCCAGUCUCAGAGCAGCCAGAAGGGACUGAGAAAGAAGAUGUGCGAAUGCAGCUGAAGAGACAUCAAACCCCCAGCCCGACCCAUUGCAGCAAAUCCUCCAAGCGAGCCAAAAUCAAGGUGACCAUUGUCUCCCACGGGGAAGCUGCUGGCACAGGGAAUGGAGUGCCCCUCGUUGCACAGCCGGAAAGUGUGGCAGGAAAGCUCCCCACCGUGACCGCAGGCCAGUCUGGGUCAGGCGUGAAGGAGCUCUCGGGAUUACUUACCACCCCCAAGCUGAAUUCUGUGGCGGAAACCCCCUCCCUCAGCUCUACCCCCUCAGCCAUGAUCCCUAGCAGCACAGCUCCCAGCGCCUUCCAUUCCUUGCAGAGCAGGCUGGUGGCCAGCAGCGCCCACUGCAGGCAGGCACAGCCUAGCAACACGCUCCAAGGAGCAGCAUCCGCUAGCAGCCUGCUGCAGGGACUGAGCUUCAGCCUGCAGGACAUCGGCACCAAAUCACCAGCCCUUCCAGUGAGCGUAGCGUCCGUGGGGCCGUCCAUACAGACCUCAGCUGGGAAGACACCGGCACCUAUCCAGAGUCUGAGUGCCAUAACCACGGGCACCGGGACAAUCGUCCGCACCAUUCCAGUCGCCACAUCCUUGUCGUCUCUUGGAGCCUCGGGGAGCGGGAAGCCCACGGCUAUUCACCAGUUGCUGACCAAUGGUGGGCUGGCCAAGCUGGCCAGCAGCCUUCCUGGCUUGGCUCAGAUCUCCAAUCAAGCAGCAGGCUUGAAGGCUCCAACUACCAUUACAGUGACCCUGCGGGGGCAGCCUAACCGUGUCACUACCCUGAGCCAAGCGGCCGUGGGGACUAUCCAGCCCCAGCUGGAGGAGCAGCAGCUGCAAACUCAGACACCUCAGGCUCCAGACGGUGCAGUUGGGAACUUGAGCACCCCAGCUUCCAGUGCCGCCCCUCCUGGCAAGCUGCUGUCUCAGAUGGAACUCAGCAAAGCUCAGGCUGGCAUAGAGACGGCUCCUGCUGACCCCGCGUCCCACCUGACCGCUGCAGCAACGCCACCUGUAGUGACCGCCACCAGCCCCAUGAAAACCCUGUAUGUCAUGUCAGACGCCAAGCUGUCUGCGCUCACCAAGUCCGUGAUGGCUGAGGCUGCCGGCGCCCCCCUGAAACCUGUGGGGAUCCAGACGCCCUCCUCGUCUGCCUGCUCGUCAUCCUCCGCCAGCUCGCCCCCUGGUGCCGUGACCUUCACCUCUGCAACGCCGGCUAGCCCGCCCUGCAGCCUGGUGCAUUCCAAAGUGGGGCCCAUCCUGCAGAACACCACCAAGACUGUCAUCCUGACCUCCACGCUGGCGGCGAAGGGCGACGGGCCCCUGGGGCGCAGGGUGGAGAAGGUCGGCCACACCCUCGGGGCAGUGGAGACCCUGGGGAAGGUGCCCUCUGUGGUGGACAAUGGGAGCACCAUCAUCCACACCAGGGAGACUCUGGCUAAUAGACAUUUGCUGCCACAGGGCAUGCUGCCGGCUGGGGCUGGCACCACGCUUAUAACGCUGGGCAGCAGCCUGGCCAGCCCAUCCAUCCUUGCAACGGCGGGACCCACGAUCAGCCAGAAGCCAUAGCGAAUUCAGCACCGCUUUGCCAUGAAUUUGAGUUUUGCCUUCAAUAUGAACUAGCACUGUUGGCUGCGGGAUUGCAGCACCCACGCUGGGCCCAAAUGGACAUUUCUUUUGGUUUGGGGUUUUCUCUUGCUGUUUAAUAAAACUAUUUUUUUUCAA